AUGUGGUUCGGGCAGCUGAUCAUCGGUCCACCGGGGUCCGGGAAGUCCACGUACGUGGCAGGAGUGGAACACAUACUGAAGCAGAUAAACAGAAAGUUGGUGCUCAUCAACCUGGACCCCUUUGUGGAGAAUGACGUGUACAAAGCAGACGUCAAUAUUAGUGAGCUUGUAGAUAUAAAAAAAGUCUUUUGCGACUUAGGUCAGAUUCACUUGGAAUUACCCCAUGUGAAUGUUUUCUCCAAAAUUGAUUUGUUAAAAUAUUUUCGAGAUGAUUUAAAUUUCCCUCUGAGUUACUACGUCGAAGCACAGAAUUUGGAGCAGCUCAUGUUGUAUGCGCGCUACCAGAAUGAGCCCUCGUCCGAAUCCGACAUGGGAGACUCCCCAAGCACCUCCUUAAAUGAUCCAAAUCACUGCACCCAGCACAACAUCAAACAGGUCAUACAAAAUGAAAUAAACACAGGUAACAUAAAGAAUGUAAAGAAAAAUUACAGGAGAUUUUCUAACAAGUAUUUGAAGCUAAAUGAGUACAUAUGCGAAACGGUAGAGGAUUACAACAUAAUAAACUUUGCCCUUUUAGAUAUACAAGACAAAUAUAGCGUGCUUAAGUUGCUAAAAAUUAUCGAUGGAGCUAACGGGUUUCGCUUCAGCUCCAUUUACUCGGAGUACUCUCUGUUUGACACGUAUGUUGAGGCCAUUGAGUAUGACUGUGACGAUAUUCAGGAGAGGAUCGUCGACGUUUCGGAUGAAGAAAAAUUGACAUCCCUAUCUAGGCACCCCCCUCGUGGGUGA